AUGUUGUCUAAAUUGAAUAGUGAAGAGUGGAACAUCUUUUGUAACCGUGAAGAACAUUCCAAUAAAGAUACAAAAACAAUUACACAAACAAACAAUGAUAAUAUUUUUAUUAAACCAUGUUCUGUAUAUUUGGGCCCCCAAAUUAAUAUGGAUGUAUUGAAGGAGUAUGCCAGAAAACCACCAGAGGAACCUACAUUUGGUCUGAACCAAAGAUACCCCAAACGAACAAAAAAUGAAACUAUUCAAGAACGACUUAGUAAUUACAUAGGACCAUUUGAUAUCGAACGUCUUACUAGCCAAUCAAACAAUGAGUUAUUUAAAUCUAGAAGGCUCAAUUAUAGUAACAUUUAUAACACUUCAUUCAAAUAUUCAAGAUUGAAUCCAGGGGUUGUUUUGGAUUUUCUUAGAGUGCCGUCUUUAAAUAAACUCACGACGCUAUUAGAUUUAAUGUAUAAUGAAUCUUUACAUCGUUUGUGCUCAAAUGACUUAAGAGGACGUGAAAAAUGUAUUCGAACGUCCAAAGAACUCAAAAAUUUUUUAUUUGAUUUAUGUUAUCAAAAAUUCAUUCAAUUUUGGGGACCUGACGUACAGUUUUCUAAGGGUAAAUUGGAUUUAUUUAUCUUAAAAGAAUACAAACGACUCAGACGUUCAUUAAUUAAACAUUCAAAACGUAAUACAACUAUAAAUAACAUGAGCUUAAGAAGAUUAAUAAUUCGCAAUGGAUGUUUAACAAGGUAUGCUAAGAAACCACAAAUAAUUAGAUGUUUUUAUAUAAUUAAUACCUUCUGUACAAUCCUAGUGAAAAAGUUUUGCAGACUAAUUCAUAGGGGGCUUAUGAAAAAGAUGUAUCGCAGAAAUUAUAGUAAAGAUAUGAGAAGAACAUUAUUGUCUAAUUGUAUACACCCUGAUAAUGAAAUACUGCGUUUAAAACUCUAUCAUGAAGGUACGACCAAUAGAAAAACAUUUAUGGAAGUUGUUAAUGAUUACAAACAAAUAACAAAAAGUGGUAGACUAAAUUUUUUUCAACUAUCCGAUGUACAAUUUGCUUAUGAAAGUAUACUUGAACCUGGAGAAAGUAUAGAUAAAUCAGAUUUAGAUAAAUGUGCAAAUGAAAGUUAUAAUUAUGAAUGUUUUCAAAGCGGCACUGAAAUAAAUCACAUUAGGUUUUCUAUAAAUCAUAAUAAGUUUAAUGAUGAUGACUUUGAUUUACAUUUAGAUGAUUGUAAUAUUAAACCAGAGAAUGUAUUAAAUGAUUUGUACAUGCUUCCUUCUUUUACUGGUUUCUUAUCAACCUCCAUUGACAAUAACUUCAACAACUAUAAUGACAAGACUGAAAAACUUCCAGAAGAUUUAAUUGAAUGGGUUGGCGAAGUUCGAUCUCGUAAUUACUUUAUUUUCAAUGAUGAAAAUAACGAAGCGGAAACUACUGAAGAUAAUUCAAAAAAUGUAUCUAUCGAAGAAAUAGAGAAAGAAGUUCAUUUAGAAUGUACAUCCAACGAAGACUAUAAUAUUGAAAAUGAAAAGGAAACUCCGAGUCAUUGUUUAGAAGAAGUUAAAACGUCCACUGAUAGUUUAGAACAAGAAAUAACAGUCACGAACAAUCAAGAAGAUAGGGACAUUUCUACCGAUAAUUUGGAGAGAAAAUAUAAUGGAGAAGGAACAGCUAUAAAUACUUUAGAAGAGAAAAGUAUAAGUUCAAAUUAUACGAAAAUCAAUAAAAUAUUCAAAAAAAAAUUAUUGACACAUUCAAUGAAAAUAACCAAAGCAGAAAAAAAAACGUUGGUAAGGAUUAUAAAUUCAAAAUUUGAUCCUGAUAAAAUAAAUUGGAAAAGGUAUAAACAAUCUACAAGAACGAGAUUGUUUCAAAUUAUCGUAUACUUUGGGAGUUUUAGAAUGGCACUUUCUGACGAACUUCACUUGGACCGUUUGGGAUUGAAAAACGAUAAAAUAUGCGAAAUUGAUAAACUUUUAAGAUCAAUAAAAAUUGAAGCUGGUCUGUUGCAACAAUUUUUUACAUUUAAUGGAGUAGAAAACUUUUUAAUUUGGCCAUUAGGUAAAGAUAUUGUUAAUAAUAUUAUUUCACAGAGUAGUCCAACUAUUAACAUUUUAUUCAGUUUUGUUAAAGAUAUAAUUACUAAAUUUUGUGAUAAAGUAAAAGUUUUCUUACACAAAUCUGGUUUAAAAAUCGUACUGAACAAAGAAUCUCUUUUUGAAAAAUUAUCUAAUGAUCAAAUAGGAAAAGAUGGUUUUAAUACUAAGCUAUCAUUGGAAUAUGAAAAUUGUCCAACUCCGUCAUCAUCAGUUAAUAUUGAUGAAUUUUCAACUGAUGUGCCAGAAAAAUUAAACACUGAACAUUUAAAUUUAACAAAAACAUCAUUUUGUAUUGAUAAAAACAGUUCUAAUGAAGAAAUAUGUCAGAGUAUGAUUACAAUUUUAAAAUCGGAUGAUUCUAUCCUCCAAUCUUGGAUAGAGUGUAAUGACUCGAAAAAGUUCAAAUCCAAACUCCUACAAGCUGGCGUUACAUUACCAAUAGAAGAAAGCAAUACUGUACAUUGUUCAAAAUUUGUUGAAAUAUAUGUAAGAUGGUUUUGUGAAGAAUACCUUCAAGGUGACAAAUUUUAUAAAUUGGCUUUAAGUAUCUUGAAAAAUAUUUCUUUUCAUAUCAAUACUGUUGGCGAAUGUACAAACACAAAAGUUGAAAUGGCAAUUAAUAACGCGUUAAUCAUAUUGUACCAUGAUCCAUGCUUCGCAAAAGCGUACGAAUCAUAUCUUGAUGCGAAAAAUUCUCCUAAGUGUUCGUCUAGUUCAAGAUAUGAAAAUUCAAGUGUUGACAAAGAUCGCAGUGAUUAUAAAGAUGUUAAUACUAAGUGUAUUGAAGAAGAAAACAUUGAACCAAAUAUAAAUGUUCAAACGAAUGCUAUGGACACCGAUAAUGCUGGAAUAACAUCUAUUACUAGUGAUACUUCCACAUCUAAUGUGUUAGAUGAAUUGAAUAAUGUUCAAGUGAGUGAUUCAAAUUCUUUAAAUGCCCAAUGUUCUAACGAUUUUAUUCACGAUUUUACAAAAUUAUUAAGUGAAAAUGAUGAUGGCGCGUCUAAUAAUUUAUUUGAAAAUAUUGAUGUUGAUGAAAAUAAUCCAUUUAACACUGACUUGAUAAAUAUCGAUGAUUCUAAUUGUAAUCCACUGCAGUUCAAUGAAUCUAAUCCAUUUGAUGAUUUUCCAAUGACUAAUUUAUUCGACGAUAAUAUUCCACUUGAAACUCAUUCGGUUAAUGAUAUGUUAGGAAUAAACUUACAGUUUCAACAAGAUAAGAACACGGAAGAAGUUUCACUGAUAUCCUCAUGUGAUCAACUUGUUAAUUAUGCUGUGAGCGAUGAAAUCAGUCUCGAUGAGCUUAAUACGGCGGCAGUUAGUGACGAAUAUGGUUUUGACAAUGCUGGGGUACUAUUGCCGCCUUACAAUUGA